CCACAGCGGGGCCGCUUCCUUUCUCUAUCCGCUGCCAACGACAACGUCGUAGUCAGGUUACAUCCCCCGCGCACGUAGCAAGAUGAGGCCUGUAGCCAUCUUCGCGUGUUCUUUGGUGCUACUGUUCCACAACUGCCCAGCGAUGUCCGCGGGAAACAAGUGCGAACUAAAGGGGUGCCCCAAGCCAAGGUUUGGUCACAUCAACGUACACGUCCUCUGCCACAGCCACAACGACGCCGGAUGGCUGCGAUCGGUGGACAGCAUCUACAAUGACACGGUGAGUUCGAUCUACGACACGGUGCUGCAGGCGCUCGGCGAGAACCGCAGGCGGCGCUACGUGUCUGCCGAGAACGUCUUCUUCUCGCGCUGGUGGAAGGACCAGUCUAAAGCCAUCCGUCGCCGGGUGCACAACCUUGUGCAGUCAGGACGGCUUCAAUUCGUGGGCGGCGGCUGGGUGCAGAAUGACGAGGCGGUGACCCACUACACGGCUAUCAUCGACCAGAUGACGCUGGGCCUGCGCUUCCUGAACGAGACAUUUGGUUCGGACUGCGGCGUGCCCAGCGUAGCCUGGCAGGCCGACCCCUUUGGACACUCGGUCGCACAGGCCUCGCUCUUCGCAAAGAUGGGAUUCAGCGGCAUGAUGACGGGCCGCGUUUCCAUGGAUACGCUGGAGCAAUGGAAGGCAUCCCAACAUAUGGGUUUUGUGUGGAAAACGGCCGCCUCGACAAAUGGAUCGACAGUAGCCGCAAACCCCGCCCCCACAGGUCACACGAACCCCGGCGAAGGUGGCGAGCUCUUCACGUGGGUGCCCUGGAAAUCCUACUCGACGCCGGCCGAGCUGUGCUUUGACGCGUGCAAUUAUGCGGAACCGAUGCAGGACUACCGGUACUGGGGCCACGAAGUCCUGCUGAAACACGCCCAGCAGCUGGAGAAAGAGUACGGCGGCAAAACGGUUCCCCUCAUGAUGGGCGACGACCUGACCUGGUUCAACGCGGUCGAGCACUAUCGGGACGCGGACAACCUGCUGAGCCGCGCGAACCGCGUGGGACGCUGGCCAAUGAACCUUAUGCGCUGGUUGUUCCGGGGCAUCAAGCUUAAGCCCGUGAACGUCAUCUACUCGACGCCCGCCUGCUUCCUGGAGGCCCUCCACUCCGACAAGUCGCGCUCGUGGCCCCUCUUCGAAGACGACCUCGUGCCGUACACGGACCGACCAAAACACACGUGGACUGGCUUCUACACGACCAGACCUGGCCUCAAGAUGAUGUCGCGGUACGCCAACGGAUUCCUCCAGGCCUGCAAGCAGCUUUCCGUGCUCGGUGCUCAAGAGCAGGUCACCAAGGUGCGGGAUCUGCAGGAAGCAGUAGCCUUGAUGCAACACCACGACGCAAUCACGGGAACUUCAGUCAGCCGUGUUGCCAGUGACUACGCGGCUAUUCUCUCUCGGGGCAUCGCCAAAUGUGAGGAGGUCCUCAGCUCAGCCUUGUCUACUCUGUCGAUGGGCACCGUACCCCUACGCAGUCUUCGCGGUCGGCAGCAGGUGUUCGGCUUCUGUCAUCAUCUCAACGAGAGCCACUGCCCUCACAGCGAGGAUGAGUCUGAGUUUACAGUCAUCGUGUACAACCCGGCAAGUGUGGGCGUGUCGCCGUACAUCCGGCUUCCAGUAGACACCAACCGAAGCUCCAGCUUUACCGUCACGGGUCCUGGAGGCAUCCCAGUUGAAUCUCAGGUGGUGCAACUACCCCAGCACCCAGAAUCACGUGGCGUCGAGGCGUUCACGAAUGCCACCGCCGCGCUGCUGUUCCAGGCGCUGGUCAAACCGCUGGGAUUCAGUGUGUACAGGGUGGCAUCUGCUAACGAACCAACUGCUUCGACAGCAACGAACAGCUUCUUGGAGCUCGAUAGGCCAGCCGCCUUCAUCGAAAAUAAGAGGUACCGCAUCGAGCUCGACCCAGCGUCCGGCCUCGUGUCCCGCAUUCUCGUGCUUCCAUCCUCGAAGAGGGGAACGUCGAGCCGCUCCUCCACGCCAGUGCUGCUUCGUCAGACGUUCGCCUCGUACGACAAGGACCAGGCAGACUCCAGCGUUCCCUCUCCUGGCCACUACGUGUUCAGCGCGCACAGAGAAGCGCAAACAUUGGGAGACCACGUGGCCUACCGCGUCGUCAAGGGUCCAUUGGUUCAAGAAAUUCACCAAAUCUUCAACGACUACAUUUCCCAAGCGGUCACUCUGCACAGGGAUUCCAACUUCAUCGAGUUCAGCUGGACAGUUGGCCCUCCACCCUCUAUGUAUGCCCCGUACGUAGGACAAGACGUGAUCGUGCGGUAUGAGAGCGACAUGGACACCGAGGGGUUCUACACCGACGGCAACGGCUGGAGGAACAUGCACAGGGUCAGGGUUACCACGCAAGAGGACAAGCUUCCUAUACCGUCAAACUACUAUCCCGUAGUCUCGUGGAUCUACGUUCAGGACACCCGCCGUGACCUGACCAUGGCGGUGCUUCCAGACCGGCCGCAAGGGGGCAGCAGCCUGAAGAAAGGACACGUAGAGCUUAUGGUGCAUCGGUGGCACGCGACCAGCGACGACCUGGGAAACCCCGAGAGCCCGUGGGAGCCGACCAUGACGCAACAGAAAUUCAUGGCGAGCGGUACUCACCGCGUGUUCCUCGGAACGGCCGCCGAGACCCAGCGGCUGCUUCGGCCGCAGGCGCUGCAGCUCGUCUACAGACCGCUGGUCGCGUUUGCGCCCGCGCAAUGGAAGCCUUACAAAGAGGAGUUUUCCGGGCUGCGGUCAACGUUGCCCAGCACGGUGCACCUUCUGACGCUAGAAGCGCUAUCGCGGACCCAAGUCCUCCUGCGGUUAGAGCAUCUGGUCAUCGACCAGCACGCGGUGCAGGUCAACGUCACGAGACUGCUGAGGGGCUUCCGGCUAAACGAUGUAAGACCGGUGACCCUGGCCGCCAACCAGUUCCUUCCUGGACCCACCCGACUAAAGUGGCGAGUGCGUGGGCAACCAGGACCCACGACGACGACUGAUCACCUAGCAAUGCCAGCCAUCACGGAGCAGAAGGGCACCAGCGACACGCUCGUUACACUGUCGCCAGGCCAAAUAGUCAGCCUCAUUGCAAAGAUAGGAGAGCGAGAACCCUCACGUUAAAUGGACAGACGUAUACCUUCAGAGUACACAAUAUACACCGACUCCCAAGCCGCCAUUCGCCACAUACAGAACCGCACCCUACCCCAUUCACUCCAACAAGAAGUCGAAAGAGCGGUCUCCACACUACAACCUUCCACCGUUUUCCUCUGCUGGGUCCCUGGGCAUUCAGGGAUUGACGGCAAUGAGCUGGCCCAUCAGCUCGCCCGUGAUGUUUUUAACCGGGCACCGUUGAUCGCCUGGUCGGGGCCCUCGCAGGAUUCUGGGGGACUCUCCCUGCGCCGCACUAUCAAGGAAGUUUACCUCCAGCUCCGUCUCGACAAGCGCCUCUACCCUGCCCCUCACCCAUCACUCACUGUGCCGGAGGCUCGCCUUCUGCGGCACAUCCAAAUGAAUGCACUGGUAACCCCUUCCCGCCUCUUUCUCUAUCGCUCCGACCCCUCCUGUCCCGACUGCCCCUCUACUGUCCGGCUGCUCAGCAAUCAAGUUCCUAUCCUCCUCCUUCGCUUUCCAUCACCACCUGGCUCGACUGGCUUGGCGCUGAAGGUGAAGAACAGCGUCGACUGGCCACCCAGGCGGUCGACAUGCUCAGCCUGUAAAUUUUGGCUGAAUAAAAGUCUUAUACUACUACUACUACCUUCUUGA